UGAUGUUUUGUAAUGGUAAAUGUUGGUGUAUUACGUUGUUCGUCGGUUAUGUUUUAAAGCUGUAAAAUUGGCUUUAAAAAAAAAAAAAAAAGUUUUGGGGUGUGUGUCCAUUAAAUGACGUUUGCCUGCUCCUCUUCCUCCCCGUCCUCGUCUUCCUCCCCCUCCUCGGUCUCACGCCUCCAAGCGGAGGAGCCUGCAGCCUGUUGUCGUUGUUCUACCCGCUUUUUUUUUUAUAUAUAUAAAUGGAGCCUUCACGUUUUGUUGUUGUUGUAACUUUCAAGUCUUUCCCCUUGCAGCAGGAAGGGAGAUCCAGGGAUAAGUGAGCUGGGGGAAGUUAUGGGAAUAUCCGAGUGACUUGUCCUCGGGGCAAGUGAGGAGGAGGAGGAAGAAGAGGAAGAGGAGGGUGGUCUCUUUCCCACACGGAGCUGAGGUCAAUGCGGCUGGCUGGAGCGGUCCCCUUCCCUGCAGCGGGAGCCAUGAGCGGCAGCGGCUCCGCCAACUUUCUGCUGGUGCCCAUCCCCGAAUACCCACUGCUGGACUGCGUGCCCAACAAGACGGUGAAGAUCGUGGUGCUGGGAGCCAGCAGCGUCGGGAAAACUGCUCUCAUCGUCAGGUUUCUCACGAAACGCUUUAUCGGAGACUACGAAGCCAACACUGGGGCGCUCUACUCCAGAAAGGUCACCCUGGACGGCGAGGAGGUGUCGCUUCAGAUCCAGGACACGCCCUGCGUGGCUCUGCAGGAUGAAGCCGAGGGCCUCUACUGCCAGGAGCAGAUCAACAGGUCCAUAUACUGGGCCGACGGCUACGUGCUGGUCUUCUCCAUCACGGACCACAGCAGCUAUCGCACCAUCCAGCCUCUGUACCAACACGUCAGACGCAUCCACCCGUCAGGAAACAUUCCUGUCAUAUUGGUCAGCGGGAUCGGCAACAAGAGCGACCUGCUUCGAGCCCGACAAGUGCCGGCGGACGAAGGCGAGACGUUAGCGUCCUCGCUAGGAGGCGUUUACUUCGAGGCCUCGGCCAGGGAGAACCACGAGGGCGUCCACGCCGCCUUCCUCCAACUUUGCCACGAGGUGUUCCGGGCGUUGGGGGGCGGCAACGGAGAGAAACGGCGAGGAGGCCUCCACCUGGCCCGGCCCAAAUCACCCAACAUGCAGGAGCUGAAGAGGAGGUUCAGGCAGGUCCUCUCCUCCAAAGUCAAAUCGGCCACCGCUCUCUGAUGGGCCCGGGAGAAGCCAGACCGUCACGGAGGCCAGGAAUUAAAUGAACUCUUGUAUUAUUUUUAUUUCUUUUUUUUUUUUUUUUUUUUUUUAGACAGAUGGAUAAAUGUUGAAGUGAACUUUCCAGAAGCCGCGGCCUCCUCACGCUGCGGUUUUGGACGAAGCUGUGAGUCGGGACGAGAACUUCACUUAAAAUAUUCACUUUCACUGUCAUUUUUUGUCCCCCCCCCCCCCCCCCUUUUGUCUUAUCUGAAACAAAUGAAGCUCAAAAAAAAAAAAUAUCCCAAAACCGUGACCCUGAAUAUGGAAAAAACUUGGAAGAAGAAGACGAGGAUUGCGUCUGAUCAAAAAUAGAAGCCACCCUGAAAAUAUCCUGAGCCGAGGCUAAAGCGGAAAGUUUCGCGUAACAAAACAAGCGACAGCGACGAGUCUGGAAUGAAGCCGCUAUUCCACUUUUUCGGGGCCGCGCGUUGCUUGAACGGACCCAUCCAACGAAAACAUGUUGGCGUCGUCCGCCGUCGGCUCGUCUCGCUCCCGAGUGCCGACGCAAUUGAACGUUUCCAUCGGAACUCACUCGCCAAUCAAACAAACAAACUGCUUUUACUGAUAUAAAUAAAACAGUUUGAAAAAAGA